GUUUUCUCUGGACCAUAGUGCUUAUAAAAAAAGGAUAAGAUGUGCCAAAGAUGCUGGAUAUCUAGUUGGAGAAAUUUCCUGUGCUUUGUGUUUUUUGUGCUCAAAGGUAAAUCUCCUUUUUGGCUAUAUAUAUUAGAGAAAGGCCAUGUCUGAGAUACAGUCUUUUAGGUGUUGGAUGCAUCUCUUCCUUAAAUAAAAUUUUGACUUUGAUUUGAAACGUAGCACAUAUUUUCCAAAAGUCACUGAACAAAAUUAAUUUUGUUCUGCUGCUUUGGGUUUGUCUGGAAGUAAAAUCAGCCUCCUUGCUACUGCCCACACUUGCCAUUGGAUGAGAUUAAGUUUCACAACUAGAGCCUAGAAUUUAAGAGAGAGACAGGAAUUUUGUCAACAGUAGAAAGAAUCUGGGAAGUGAGGGGAAAUGUGUAAAUCCACAGUGGAGACCUGUGGGAUUUCAAGUUCUCCCUUGUAAAAACUUGAAAUUCCUUUAAACAAGAUGGGGAAAUUGGGCGUGAUUCAUGGAAUUGCUUCUAUAAAAGAAUUGAAAAAUACUUUGAAGUUUGAUCUGUAAUAGUGUUAUAUAUAUAAUUAGAUUUGACAGAAGUAGAUUGUUAUAUUUGGUUAUUUUGAAAUCAGAUUUAAUUUUUGUCCUUAUAACUGCUAUUUUCUGCCUUGGGUCUCUUUCCAGAGGAAUUUCUGAAGACAGUCAAGUGCAGUGUGAUUUAUGAGGCAGUGAAGGCCAAGUACUUUGCAGUGCUGAGGACUUACUUACUUUGGGGAAAUCAAUGGAGCACAUCAGUCUGCAGCACACUUCCUGCCUUAAUGAUUCUCUAACCAUGGCACAGGUGGAGAAAAGAGGGGGUUUGCUCCGGAAAUCUUCAGCUUCCAAAAAACCACUGAAGGAAAAAGUGGUGCUGAUGUAUGAUGAGAUCUUCAUGACAGAGGACCCCAGUAAGUGCAGUCCACGAUUUUGGGAGGAGCUCUUCCUUAUGAAGGUGAAUUUAGAGUACCUAGAAGGCAAGCUGGAAUCUCUUGAUGGUGAGGAGUUAAUGAAGAUCAAGGACAAUAUUAAUUGCUUAUUUCAACACUGUAUCCAAGCUCUGGGAGAGGAACAUCCAAUUCGAGUUGUCAAUGCACUACAGACCUUGUGUGCACUCAUUCGAGGAGUCCAUCAAAAGAAUAAAUCUACCUCUGGGUUUGACAUCAUCAACAUGCUGAUGGGCUUUGACAAGGCAGAGUUGUGCAUGAAGAACUUGAUGGAGAGUUUGGAUUCAUUGCUUUGUGCAGAAGGUUCUGAAAGUCUGAAGAGUUUAUGUCUGAAACUUCUCCUUUGCUUAGUGACCGUGACAGAUAACAUCAGCCAGAACACUAUCCUAGAGUAUGUGAUGAUCAACAGCAUAUUUGAAGCAAUUUUACAGAUACUCUCCCACCCCCCAAGUCGCAGGGAGCAUGGGUAUGAUGCUGUUGUCCUCUUGGCUUUGUUGGUGAAUUACAGAAAAUAUGAGUCUGUGAAUCCUUAUAUUGUGAAGCUGUCUAUCGUGGAUGAUGAGGCUACGCUCAAUGGAAUGGGACUUGUGAUUGCCCAGGCUUUAUCUGAGUAUAAUAGGCAAUAUAAAGACAAGGAAGAAGAACACCAGAGUGGUUUUUUCUCUGCUUUAACAAAUAUGGUGGGCAGCAUGUUCAUAGCAGAUGCCCAUGAGAAAAUCUCAGUACAAACCAAUGAGGCCAUCCUUCUGGCACUUUAUGAAGCUGUUCAUUUAAAUCGCAACUUCAUCACAGUGUUAGCCCAGAGUCAUCCAGAGAUGGGCUUGGUGACAACCCCUGUCAGUCCUGCUCCGACAACCCCAGCCACACCACUUGGGACCACACCACCCUCCUCUGAUGUUAUAAGUUCUGUGGAACUCCCACUGGAUGCAGAUGUACAGACCAGUAAUCUACUCAUAACCUUCUUAAAGUACAGCUCGAUUGUCAUGCAGGACACCAAAGAUGAGCACCGACUUCACAGUGGCAAACUCUGUUUGAUUAUACUUACGUGUAUUGCAGAGGAUCAGUAUGCCAAUGCAUUUUUGCAUGAUGACAAUAUGAACUUUCGAGUAAACUUACAUAGAAUGCCUAUGAGACACAGGAAGAAGGCAGCAGACAAGAACCUUCCCUGCCGUCCCUUAGUAUGUGCAGUACUGGACCUGAUGGUAGAGUUUAUUGUAACACACAUGAUGAAGGAGUUUCCUAUGGAUCUGUAUGUACGCUGCAUUCAGGUAGUACAUAAACUACUUUGCUACCAGAAGAAGUGUAGAGUACGCCUGCAUUACACCUGGCGGGAACUCUGGUCAGCCUUGAUAAAUUUGCUGAAGUUCCUUAUGUCAAAUGAGACCGUACUUUUGGCCAAACACAACAUUUUUACAUUAGCCCUUAUGAUUGUGAACCUGUUUAAUAUGUUUAUCACAUACGGUGACACAUUCCUGCCCACUCCCAGCAGCUAUGAUGAACUCUACUACGAGAUUAUCCGCAUGCACCAGAGCUUUGACAACCUCUACUCUAUGGUUCUGAGGCUUUCUACCAAUGCAGGCCAAUGGAAAGAAGCAGCUAGCAAGGUGACGCAUGCAUUGGUUAAUAUCAGGGCCAUCAUCAAUCACUUUAACCCCAAAAUUGAAUCCUAUGCUGCUGUGAAUCACAUAUCCCAACUGUCAGAGGAGCAGGAAAUCCCUCUUUGAGGAGCCUGUAGAAGACACAUCCCUUCCAGAAAGCGGGGGAGGAAAGAGUUUGCUAAUUUAUGGCAAGCCUUGGAAUUUCAGGUUCUAAAAAGCAGUUAUUUGUGGAGUUACAUUAAAAUGAAAGAGAAUAAUAAUAAUGAAGCACUCUCUGCGUAUCAAGAAGUAUGCUUGGCGCUUUGUAUCUGUUGCCUUAUUCAAUCUGCACAACUAGCUCUGUCUAAAGAACAUUAUUAUAACUUGCAUUUUACAGUUGAGGAAACUGAAACUCACCCAGCUCUACCCUGCUAGUAAGUGGUAGACCUAGGAUGAGUCCAGGCAGGCUGACUCUAGAGCCAUACUCUUUUAAAUUAACAUACAGUGUUAUGUUAGUUUCAGGUGUAUAAUAUAGUGAUCCAACAAUUCCAUACAUUACUCAGUGCUCAUCAAGAUAAGCACACUCUUUGGGGCGCCUGGGUGGCUCAGUUGGUUAAGUGCCUGACUUCGGCUUAGGUCACGAUCUUGUGGUUUGUGGGUUCAAGCCCCGCGUCGGGCUCUGUGCUGCUGACAGCUCAGAGCCUGGAGCCUGUUUCAGAUUCUGUGUCUCCCUCUCUUUCUGCCUCUCCCCCGCUCAUGCUCUGGCUCUCUCUCUCUCUCAAAAAUAAACAUUUAAAUAUGGCAAUAAUAAAUAAUAAUAAAAAGAUAAGUGCACUCUUUAAUCUCCUUCACCUGUUUCACCCAUCCGCCACCUCCCCUCUGGUAACCACUAGUUUGUUCUCUCUAGUUAAGAGUCUGUUUUGUGGUUUGUCUCUUUUCUUUUUUUCCUUUAUCUGUUUCUUGUUUUGUUUCUUAAAUUCCACAUAUGAGUGAAAUAGAGCCGUACUUCUAACUAUGUUAUUUUAAAAAUUAUUAGCUGUUGGUUGAAACUCUUUUUCAGGGCCUAAGCACAGCUAGAUCCAGUAGUGACCCACCAAGGUCUUUACUUGGAGAACAUCUAUGCAGUGCUUCUUGCUUAGCUAGCCUUGACUUUGAAGACUAAAUGUGGAUUAUGGAGGAGGAAGAAUUGUCUUUUUGCUUCUUUAUUAUCAGAAUUCCACUUCCAUGCAGUCCAACACCUGAGCAGAGCACCGCUUAACUGUAAGAGUGUCUCUGUGGGUUGUCCUUACACUGGUGAAAUUGCAAGGUUAGGGACAGACUUUUAUUGCUUCUGGGAGAAGAGAGUGUUGUCCCUCAUUGGGAGACAUGUCAUCAGUUCUGGGGAAAGUCUGGUUUGGAGAAAGUAGGGGAAGGAUGGGAGGCUAGAUUAGCUCCUUCCAGAGAAAAAUGAAGGAUGUGACCUCCAAUUUCUUUUCAGUCUCUUGCCAAAAUUUACAGAGCAUUACAGCCCUAUGACAAAUUCAGAAAAGGGAGUUAGGCAAUGCCUUGAGUCAGUCAUUCUCAUUUUUUGAGGAAAGGGUAUCUUCCGUUGAGUUUGAGGAAAUUUACUGAGUAGAAGGAGAAAGGUUUCAGCCUGACUGGCUGAGAAGUACGGUGUUUGUGUUGUUCUUCCAUAGACAAUGAGAGAGAGAGCUCAGUCUGCAUCUAUCAUAAAAAUUGCCUGCAGGGGGGCCUGGGUGGCUCAGUUGGUUAGGUGCCCAACUCUUGAUUUUAGCUCAGGUCAUGAUCUCACAAUUGGUUGUGGGAUCAAGUCCCCCUCUCCCCACCCCAUCGGGCUCAGUGCUGAGCAUGGAGCCUACUUGGGAUUCUCUCUCUCUGCCCUUCCCCUGCUAGUGCGAGCACAUGCAUGUGUUCUCUCUCUC